UCACCGGCCAUUUCUUGGCUGCUAGAGAUGUUCAGACGCGGCCAUGGUAGAGAUUAAGAGGGUAGAUGGUAAUCUUCCCAUUACCGAGUUCACGCUCAACGCCUUUCCAACAGAGUUCGUUGAUACGACACAUCAAGAGGAUAACGCAGUUGCCCAACUGCUGCUACCAGCUUGAACUUCGCAUCAUCCGCAACGCCGGUCUUCCCAUACCGAAAGACCAUGUAUCGAAAUGCGAUAUGCCUCUGGCGAGGGCUCUUUACCUUUCCGAAACUGAAAGAAUGGAAUAAUGCGUGCAGCCUUGAAAAUGGCAUGCACAACUUCACUGCGAGGGGGCACUAUCGCUAUUCUGUAUCGAAAACACUGGAAGGUCCUCCACUUCUCCCGUUUAUAGGAGUGUCCAAACAUUCCUGCCAUGGUUUCAGUUUCUUCAAGUGCCUCAACAGAGUCGGGGCUUAUCUCUACCGGGUGAAGCCACGGGAAGGCGACGUGUCGCUCUGGGUGUUGAAAAAGUCUUGCCGAGCUCUGGCAUCCGACGAAUCCCACCAUAUUGCAUUUAUUUCUGUUUUUUUUUUUUUUUUUUUUUUUUUUUUUAACCUGGCUAGCAUAUCCUUGGCCUCAUCGGUCUUUUUCAGACGCUUGCUGCGUCGACCUGCAUCGUCUACACCUAGUUCCAACUCAGCAUGCUCCUUUCGCUUGCGUUCCACCGCGGCCCAAGCAUACGAAAAUGCAUCUGGAUCCUCAUUAUUUUCAACCCCAUCCCUUCCCGAGCCAGUCUCCAUCCUCAAAUGAACGCACGUAGCAUAUCGCUCCGCGAAAAUAGAGUAGAGAUCAUCAUGAAUCCCGUCAGCGUGAUAAGCGUAGUUCGACACGCCGAG